UGCGCAUGUGUGCGUGUGAUUUGUGGUUCUGCGCACUGCGGGAUAUGGUUUGUGAUGAUCUCGUUUAAUUUUUAAAAUAAAUCACAAUAAUUGUAAAUACAAAAUGGAAGAGAAUAAAAAAAUUUCGUUUAGUUUUGUAAAAUCUGUGAAAAAACCACUGUUGGAUAAACAGGUGCUACACGAGCAGAAAAAAGUGGAAUAUAUUGAAUGUCUUGAUGAGAAGGCGAUUAAAGUGAUCGGGAAAGGAGAAGAGAAAAAGGAACCUCUUGUUAUUCCAUUGUUGAAAUCUAAGACUUGGCAUGAUAGAAUUAUUAAUAAAAUAAAUGCAGAUAUCUUUAAAGAAAAAGCAAAAAAUAAAAAUGAUGUUUCUAAUAUACAACAAGCUGUUUCUAAUAUACAAAUAGAAACAAUAGCACUUAAUGAAAAUGAAAGUAUAUUAGAUGAACAAGCAGCUAAAGAAAUUAUAGAAGAUCUCAAAUCGAUAGAAGAAAAAGAUAAAUUAAGCGAUUUAACUUUACCAUUAAUAAAAGGACAGAAUUUAAAUGGUGCAGAGGAAAGUUUAUUACAAGAUUAUGAGAAUGUGCCAAUAGAAGAGUUUGGAACUGCUAUGUUGCGAGGUAUGGGGUGGAAAUCUGGAGAAGGGAUUGGAAAAAAUCCAAAACUUGUAACAACUAUUGUACAUGAAGUACGGCCAGCAGGAAUGGGACUUGGUGCAGAUAAGAUAACACUGCAAAAACAAGGUGGAAAAGUUAAAAAAGAAGACGAAGAAGAAUUGAAAAUAGAAAAAGGAAGUUUUAUAAAAAUUAUUGCUGGCAAGCGAGCCAAUACAUAUGGUCAAAUAGAAGGUUUUGAUGAUGCAGGAAGAUUAAUUAUAAAAAUGGCAUUAAAUGGAAAUACCAUCUCUGUGAAUGAAUGCAUAGUUCAAGCAGUGACAAAGGCAGAAUAUUUGAAAAAUUCUAAAGUUUUAAAUGUUGCUAAAUAUGAAGAACAUAAAAACAACAAAGAUGCAAAUAAACAGAAAUAUUCAGAUCUUUGCAGUAAUGAUGACAGCGAUUUAGAUGUAUUUGAAAGGAAAAGCAAACAUAAGAAGAAAGACAGUGAACAUAAAACAAAGAAAUCAAAGGAGCGGCAAAGGAAUUCAUCUGACAGUGAUAGUAAUAAUAAGAAAAAUAGAAAACGAAGGCGUUCCAAUAGUAGCGAUAGAAUGAAAAAAGCAAAAAAGUCAAAAAAACAUAAAGAAAAAGAUAAAGAACGAGAACGACAAAACGAUAAAAUAUCUGAAUCUUAUGUCAAGAGAAAAUCUAAAAAACACAGAAGAUCUCGAUCGUCUAGCAGACGAUAAUAUAUAUAGUGUGUAUGUUUUUUUAUAAAUUGA